CUGCAGGGAAACUUGCUUUAGCGCUUGUUCCUUGGCUUCCACUCCCCCCUCCCCUUAAACGUGAUCCCGGCUCAGAGAGACACAGGGCGGCAUCAGCCCGGCAUCCUGCAGCUCAGAGCUCCUGCGCCCCCGGGGGAUCUGUCAGAGCCAGGGCUGCAGAUUCUUAGCCCGCCCGCUCACACGCGCACCCUGGCCCGGAGCUGCAGCUCGUGCACGGCAGGGAAAAUACAAGUUUUCUCUCCCCUUGCCUUAGCUCAUCGCGGGGAGAGCCCUGCGCGCUGCUAGCGCCUUUUGUGGCAAAGUGUUUUCUGGUGGAAAGAUGGUGGCUUGAAACUUGGAUGCUUUCAUGAGCGCCCUGGAGGGUUUGCGGGUGAAGGGACUCCAGCCCCUCGGGUAGAUUUUGCAUUGUGAGUUUCCUUUUAAAAACAACCCCCAGCCGGCAAACAAAAGAGCCACGAACGUCACGAAUCCCCGGCGAAGGAACCUGCUUUCUUAGCGCUUGCCCUCCCUGCCUUGCCAAGUUGGGGGCUGUCAAAGUGCAAAGUUUGAUCGACUCCUCUGCCCGACUGCGGAAGGAAUGAAGCUGAAAUGAAAAGAGGCAGCCCCUGGGACUGGCUAGGGGACUGACUUUCCCGGAUUGCCAUUCAAAGGGAUCGGUUAUGAUGGGGCAAACAGCGCGCUGUUAAGUCCCCGCGCUGCAAGUGAAGGUUUGAAAGAUCAGAAAUCUGUACAAUACAGACGGAACCAGUUUUCAAAAUGGAAUUCCAGUUUGCGCUCUUUUUUGUAGGGAUAAUUGCAUUUUCUGAUUCAGCCCGAGGCCCACCCAGAAUUGCUGAUAAAGUAAUCCACCGUCAGUCCGUGAGGUUAGGAAGAACCAUCAAGCUCCUGUGUCCAGUAGAAGGUGACCCACCACCUCUGACUAUGUGGAUGAAAGAUGGACGGACUAUCCACAGUGGCUGGACUAGGUUCCGGAUCCUGCAGCAAGGACUGAAAAUCAAGGAGGUGGAAAGUGAAGACGCGGGAACAUACAUCUGCAAGGCCACCAACGGCUUUGGCAGUAUGAGUGUGAACUACACCCUUAUUGUGAUUGAUGAUGCCAGCUCAGGAAAGGACAGCCCAGUGUCUGAAGGCUCCAAUGGCGAAUACGAAGAUCAUUCUGGGAAGCAGUGGGCCCGGCCCAGAUUCACACAACCUGCCAAGAUGAGACGGAGGGUGAUUGCACGGCCUGUAGGAAGCUCAGUCCGCCUGAAGUGUGUUGCCAGUGGAAACCCUAGGCCUGACAUCACCUGGCUGAAGGACAAUAAGCCCCUCACACCUCAGGAGAUUGGGGAGAACAAGAAGAAGAAGUGGACAUUGAAUUUGAAGAGCUUAAAGCCUGAGGAUAGUGGGAAAUACACGUGCCGAGUGUUUAACAAAGUUGGAGAAAUCAAUGCAACAUAUAAAGUUGAAGUAAUCCAGAGGACUCGGUCCAAACCCAUUCUCACAGGAACGCACCCUGUGAACACGACCGUGGACUAUGGUGGGACCACGUCGUUCCAAUGCAAGGUCCGCAGCGACGUCAAGCCCGUCAUCCAGUGGCUGAAAAGGGUGGAGUAUGGCACAGAGAACAAGUACAACUCCACCAUUGACGUCGGGGGGCAGAAGUUUGUCGUGCUCCCCACUGGGGAGGUCUGGUCCCGUCCAGACGGCUCCUACUUAAACAAACUGAUGAUAACACGAGCCAAAGAGGAGGAUGCUGGGAUGUACAUCUGCCUAGGGGCAAACACAAUGGGAUACAGCUUCCGCAGUGCUUUCCUCACAGUGUUGCCCGAUCCCAAGCCACCGAGCGCCCCUGUGGCCCCGUCCUCCGCUAGCAGCCUGCCAUGGCCGGUGAUCAUCGGGAUCCCCGCUGGAGCGGUCUUCAUCUUUGGGACGAUCCUCCUGUGGCUCUGCCAGGCCAAAAAGAAGCCCUGCUCUCCCCCAACUGCAGCUCCGAUGCAUAGACCACAGGCCAGAGACAGGAUCUGUGUCUCCCAGGGUCCUGACAAGGACUGCAUCUCCUCCAUAAACUAUGAGGAAUACGUAGCCCACCAGCAGCAUUUGCUAUCCCAAGGGCCCUCUUUGGCCCCAGCCAUGGCAUCAAAAAUGUACCCAAAAAUUUACACAGACAUCCACACUCACACGCACUCACAUGUGGAAGGCAAAGUUCACCAGCAUCAGCACAUUCAUUAUCAGUGUUAAAGGGCAGCCAUAGACCGUAGCUUAUUGGUGCUUUUUUUCUCAUGGUACCUCAGAACAGACUGCUUCGAGUCAGCUAACGCUGCCAGCAAAAGGUAAAGUGGACAGAGGAGGGAGAGAGAGAAAGAGAUUUUUUUUUUUGUUAUUAUUACCAUUAGGAUGUAGAUGAGGAAUAAUGAAGGAAUUCCCGAUCUCAGCACAAAGGCGGCCAUCUAAAACAAUGGAAACUUCUUGUAUGUCUAAAUCAAGAUGGCAACAGAUAAGGCAGGAAGCUGUGACAUGAAACACCACCGACCCUGUUGCAUUGCGAAGCAGAGGAAGAAGAAGAGGAGAACACGAUAUUGCAGUUGAUAUUGCAGUUUCUGCCUCUAGCACAUGCCAUCUGUUUUGGUGCAAGGCCCAUCAGACGUCUUACCCUUGGGAAUGUACAGAAGAGCCCUUUAUCUUAGAGUGGCUAAAGCUAGGAAGUACCUGAGGUGUAGUGCCAAAGCACCAGGAGACUGUAAUCAAUUGAAACAUUCAAUUGCCGAAUUUCAAACGAAAACAUAAGCAGAAGAGUUUCUGGAAAACACAUUUCUAUUUACAAAGUGAAACUCCACAUGCAUCUCGCCAGCAGUAACUUUGCCUGACAGUUGGUGAUAACUUAGCUGGCUGGUUCCAUUUCUGCAAAUCAAGGAUAUUGUGUUUUCCCCAAGGGGGCACUGCUUGAAAUCUUUUAAAAUGUUCAGCUCACCCCAAUGCUAUGACUCAGUGCCACUGCCAGGAAGAAGGAAGGACAUUGUACAAUGCUACUUUAUAUUUAUAUUUAAGAAAUAAUAAUUAAUAAUAACUGAACUGCUGAAGGUCAAGAAAAGAAAACAUGCUGCCCUUUUCUGAUGCCGCUAGCUGUGAUUUUCAAUCAGAUCUUCAUGGCUUACAGUGACAAGCUACUGGUUUAACUAUGUCAAUGAAAAAUAAAUGAACAAGUAAAAAUAAAAAGAGAGAGAAAAGAGAGAAAAUAAUUGUUUAUGGAAGAAUGAAUUUGCUAAAUAUGCACCUGGGGUUGUGUGUGGUUUUUCUUUCCAGAUAAUGUUUUGCAGUUGAUUCAAACAAUCUCAUUUCAGAUUCAUUUAAAACAACAAACAAGAAAGAAAGAAAGAAAGAAAGAAAGAAAGAAAGAAAGAAAGAAAGAAAGAACGUAUUAAAUACCUAUAUGGACUAGAAAUGAAUUCAAUCAGAAAUAUAAAACCUUUGUAAUUCUAUAUAGAGUUUAAACAAAAGUCAUGUAUAUUUAAUUUAUUUUGUUAAACAAGAAAAAAGUAUGAUAUUUUCCUCAAAACAAGCAUUUCUAUACAUAUUUUUGAUCAAAGAAAAUAAAGAUGAAUUGUGGGGUUUUUCCAGGUUCUUAUAGGAGCCAUGCUCCAAAUAUAAGCAAUGUAACAUAUAACAGUACUUUAUUUAACCCAAUUGAAAGUCAUAUGUUUGUAUGCAUUUUUACAAUAGCCAUGUGUAAUUGUUCUAGCAGCACCUCUGGCACUACAGGCACCAUCAUUUCCAAUAGAAACUGCUAUUGUGUGCUGUUUAUAACUUGUUCGGAAAGUUUUGCUGUGGACUGAUCACUGCCUCUAGACCCCAUGUUAUCCUGGCCUCAUUAACAAAGAGCUCAGAGCACAAGACAACUUGUUUCACCGUUCAUUUAAAAACGUGGUUUGAUUUUUUUUGGUUAACAUUACAAGACGUGAACCGGAGACCUGUGAUAUAAUUAAUAAUACCUUUAAAAAAAAAGGUUUUAAAAGUGAAAUGUUCCUAGACGUGAGCCCAUCAGGUGGACUUCUGCCUCUGAGUGUUUGGGGGUAGGGGGCGGAUUGUAAGUCUGAACAAAUUAUUUGAUCCAUAAAAGCAGCUUCUGAGCAUAAAACAUUCAAAAGAGAUGAAAUUCACCACAGCAAGGGGAACCUGCACAAGGCCUUCUGUAGCACUUAAGCCCCCUGUUAAGGGCUUAUGGCUCAAUCCUGCAAGGGGCAAAGUACUCUGGCCUUGAGCCACCAAAGCCUGUAACUUUGCAAACAUAGGGCCUUGUGCGCUGAGGUUAUUUUCCAUUGGCUUCGGUAUCAGUCAGAUCAGACACAUUGAGGUUAAUGGGAAUAAUCAGAUCCUUAAAAAUCAGCACCGUUUUAAAUGCUUUGCUGGUCAAGGCCAGAGAGCUCAGCGCCUGACUGGCUGGAACUUGUAAGUGGUGUGUAGGGCCUUCUGCACUGGUAUGAAUUUCACCCAGAGGCUCUGGAAUAACACAGCGAGGGGUGUAUUGCACAUUUGUUCCCUGUGUUGCAUUCCUAUUGGUUGUAAUGGGAGUGGAAUGAGUACAGAUUAUUAUACUCCUUAUUGUGUGCAUACUAUAGAUGGUUUAUCAUGUCAAACCUUCACUCCAUUAGAGGAGGACCCAGACCAGCUUUGAUUCCAUAAGGCCAUAAAGUUAAUUACUAAAUUCAGAUCUUGGAUGCUGGUGCACAGGUCCCUUUGGUUUCAGUGAGCAUCAUGAAUGAGCAUCCAUGUGCAUAAUUGGGGUGUUGUAAGUACUGAUUUAACAAAGAUUUGCUAAUGGCUGCAGUUUACUGAGUGAGCCAUGCACACAUA